CUACCUGCCUUCUUUUGCUUGUUUGUUAGGUCUUCCGGCCAAAGCAAAACACGUUCGGUUAUAAAACUGUGCACCAAGAAAGUAACAGCAUCAGAUUGAAUCUAUACCUCGACCAAGUAACAUCGCCAAGUUCUGUUGUUUUCAAAAAUUUUUACUACUCGUGAAUCGCGUAAUAUACGAAGACUUAAGACUUUUUCGAUUGAAUAUUACAAAUUAAAAUAAUAAUAAAGAUGUUUACUGACGUUAAAAACCUUGCCCCCAACCAAGUUUUGGAUAUGUCAACUAUGGCGCCAAAUCGCAAAGCUAAAGGAAAAUUCCAUAAGCUCUUCAAACCACUCCUACGCAUGUUGCGUACUGCAAAAAAGAACACAAACAGCAACACCGGAUCUAUCGCCCACCCAAACAAUGUUAAUUUGAAUAACACCUCCUCCGACUUGAUUUACAUCACGCCUACAAUUGUGGAGGCAUUGGGUCAAACUGCUGCCACAGCUUCCUACGAAGAUUACGCCGCUGUCAUUCGCAAGGUUGCCAAAGACGAAGAAUUUCUACAGACAUACUUUGCAGAGGAUCCCUUCAGUGAUGCCACUCCAUAUGCUUUAGAUUGCAGUGUUGCCAAAUCACAACCAGCUACAGCUUGUUCCUGUUCGCAUGGCUACAAUUGUCAACAAUAUCAUGGAGAAUUUAAAAAAUACAAUGACUACUGUCAGAUGAUACCUGUAACUAAGGAAAUAGCUGUUGAUGAUAGUUUUGUACCAGUUCACUAUAUUCGUACAGAAAAUGGAACAUUCUUUUGGACAGCCGAACAUACCAAAUUGGAUGAGGAUUUGAUGGAACCAUUGAAUUGUAAUUCUCAUCUUCAGCCUGCUCAAGGACAAUGGGAUAAUCGAACUUUAUUAUAUUAGUUUGGAUUGUUCGUUACUGUCUUUAUGGCACACUAUCCAGUUUCUCAGGGAUCUCAUUAGUUAUUUUUUUUUUUUAAAUGAUUGAUUGUUUUGCAAUAAUGUUUGUGAUAUUUUUUUUUUUUUUUUUACCUUUUUAUUAAUGUUUAAGAAUAAGAAGCUUUUAAGCUAAAAGUUCAAAUUGUUAU